AUGCUCCAAGACAAUGGACAUGCACUCGUAUUCCCACAAUAUAUCAACCAGUGUAUCCUUUUUAAACGAGACCACUCACUGACAAUUCGCCGUUCUCGGGGCGGCUACCAUGUUACCUUCGACCAACUGGCUGCCUUCAACAUCUCUCGCGAUGCCGUCCGGACCAUUAGCUCUCCUGCUCCGGAGCCACAGGAUGCACAAGGGAAGGUUCGUUACCAAAGCUCUCCUGCUGAGCCCACAUCACCGACCCCACCUGUCCAUCCCUCUACUGGACGUUCCGUGGAUCCACCGACCCCUCUUCCUCCUCCACCCACCGACCCUAUCAUUACACCGAUCCCAACCCCCGUUCUAUUAGCUUCGACCACACCAGAUUCAUUUGCGUCCACUACCCCAGCCUCCGCAAUUACAACUAUGACCUAUGAUGAGUUCCACGCUAACUCCGGAAUAU